AUGGCCUCCGUCUGCAUAUCAAACUGCGUUGACGAUUCCAGCCCAACCCCCGGCCGGACGACUUACAUAAACCACCAUAGGUGGCCAGAAUCCGACGUAGAAUUCGUGAGGCUGGUACGAUCGAAAGCGAGCCCGGGAGUGCAUGACCAACCCCCUAAGGUGGUGGAUAGCAUCUCAUGCAGGCAGAUGUACUUGAGGAGCUACACGUUUUCAAGGAAAGAGAGUGUCCCCGAGAAGGCCAGGAAGUGUCUGGGAAGGGUAAUAGGCCGGAGAGUGGUUUUCCAGAGAAGGAGGAAGACGACGAAUUCGGAGAGGAGGAAAAAGAGCAAGUGUUUGGUUCUUACGAGGGGUCAGAAUGUGUCUUGUGCUCCAUUGUUGGCAAUCUUUCGCCGUUUUUUGUUUUGCACUGCCAAGUUGGAUAUGGCUGGCUGA